GGCGCGUGCGGAGCAUGGCAGCGGCGGCGCGGUCUGUCCUGGCGGCAGGGUGGGCGGGCUGCGGGCGGCGGCGCUGGGGCCGCCGUCUGCCCGCUGCCGCCGCACCGUAUUGCACCGUAGCUCCGCAGCGGGAGCGGCGGCAGCCGCCCGCUGAUAUGAGGAGCUACUUGUGGUCGCGCUACAAGGAGGCCAAGCGGGUCACCAAGGAAUUAGUUCCGUCAAUUAUGAGUAACAUGCUGAACCCGGAUGCUAUUUUUUCAAACAAUGAAAUGAGCCUGUCAGACAUUGAAAUCUAUGGCUUUGAUUAUGACUACACGUUGGUCUUUUAUUCUAAGCAUCUGCACACACUGAUCUUCAAUGCUGCGCGAGAUCUUCUUAUUAAUGAGCAUAGGUAUCCUGCAGAAAUAAGGAAGUAUGAUUAUGAUCCGAAUUUUGCAAUAAGAGGACUUCAUUAUGAUGUGCACCGGGCGUUAUUAAUGAAGAUCGAUGCUUUUCAUUAUAUACAGCUAGGAACAGUUUACAGAGGCCUCAGUGUUGUCCCAGAUGAAGAAGUCAUUGCAAUGUAUGAUGGUUCCCAUGUUCCCUUGGAACAAAUGAGUGACUUUUAUGGAAAGAGCUCACAAGGAAAUACAAUGAAGCAAUUCAUGGAUAUAUUUUCCUUGCCAGAGAUGACACUCCUUUCUUGUGUGAAUGAAUAUUUUCUGAAAAACAACAUAGACUAUGAGCCUGUUCAUCUGUACAAAGAUGUCAAGGAUUCAAUCAGGGAUGUCCACAUCAAAGGAAUAAUGUAUAGAGCAAUUGAAGCAGAUAUUGAGAAAUAUAUCUGUUAUGCUGAACAAACUCGUGCAGUGUUAGCUAAGCUGGCUGAUCAUGGCAAGAAGAUGUUUCUUAUCACAAACAGUCCCAGCAGCUUUGUGGACAAAGGCAUGAGGUUCAUAGUUGGCAAGGACUGGAGGGAUCUCUUUGAUGUGGUCAUUGUACAGGCUGAUAAGCCAAACUUCUUCAAUGAUAAGCGAAGACCAUUUCGGAAGGUGAAUGAAAGGGGAGUGUUGCUCUGGGACAAAAUCCACAAACUGCAGAAAGGCCAGAUCUACAAACAGGGCAAUUUGUAUGAAUUUCUGAAGCUGACUGGUUGGAGGGGCUCUAAGGUGCUCUACUUUGGUGACCACAUCUACAGUGACUUGGCAGAUUUGACCCUGAAGCAUGGCUGGCGCACUGGUGCGAUUAUCCCAGAGUUACGAUCAGAGAUUAAAAUCAUGAACACAGAGAAGUACAUUCAAACCAUGACCUGGCUGCAAACUCUGACAGGAUUACUGGAACACAUGCAGGUUCACCGUGAUCCUGAUUCACAAAUGAUUUUAGAGGAAUGGAAGAAAGAAAGAAAGGAGAUGAGGGAAAUGAACAGGAAUUUCUUCAACGCACAGUUUGGAAGCUUAUUCAGAACAGAUGAGAAUCCCACUUACUUCCUCAGACGUCUCUCUAGAUUUGCAGAUAUCUACAUGGCAUCACUGAGUUGUCUCUUGAACUAUGAGCCUGAUUACACAUUUUAUCCAAGAAGGACUCCUUUGCAGCAUGAACUUCCUGGCUGGUCAGACCAGCUGUGCACUGGUACAUUCAGAAUACCCUUCCUACAAGAGACAGUUCAGGUCAAAUGAGCACUUGCCUUGUUCUCUCUAAAAUGGGCUAUUUUUUUUUUUAAUGUAGAUGUAUUUUAAGUGACUUAAAUCAUUACCUUGAUUUAGAUGUAAUUCAUACUUGUUCUCAUAAGCAUAGUACUUAUCUUCUCUCUCCUGCUCAGAGAUGCGAAAGCUGUUCUUACACAGAAGAUAUGCUGGACUGCCGAAAUAGUUGUGGGCUGGGUGGGAGGAAAGGCUGACAUUCAAGGGUGGUUGCCUUUGUUUGUUGAUUUGAAACUUGGAUCUACAGCUACGUGAUUUAGAGAGAGCUGUGCUGUCCCUUCAUAACUCUAGCUGCAGUCUGCAAUAGCUCUUGGCACUCAAAAGCAUAAAUCCAGUAUUAGUAAUGCAGUGAUAUGCAGUUACCAGCCAGUUUAUGGUGAGAUUUAGGGAGAUGAUAUAAGCAUUUUAACUUUGUGUUGCUGUAGCUGGCAUGUUACCUGUAACUGGUAUGGUAUGUGUGUGCAUCUCUGCUGCACUGUGAUGGCUGCCAUACAGGUGUGCUCAGGUGGAUGAACUCUUUUCCUGCCUGUACAUCUCUGCUUGGCUGCAUGUGGACCUGAGCCUAAGCCUGACAGUAAUGGGAAGCUUGGGCUGCUUCAGCUUCCGUUUGCUUUUAGAUGUGUUUCUGUCUUAGUUUUUAAACAAACUAAAUAUCCACUCUCUGAUAAUUAAAGCCAUUUCAGGAGGUCUAGCAGGGUGCAUUUUGAAGUGAAAGCAGAAUUCCAUCAGACUUCAGAUCGAUCCAAAAUGCUGCUUUUUACAUUUCUAAGUGUCUUACAGUGGCAUGCAAUGCAGUUUAGGAGCUCCCUUGGAGAGAAUGUAUUUCAUGUAGCCUUCAGUAACGGGCAUCUGCAUUCAAUAGCACAUACGCACAAUGGGUAAAUUAGUUGGGGGAGGUGGAGAAGUAUAUAAAGAAAGAAAAAGAAGACCAGAGUUAACUGAUAGCAUUUUUUUAGCUGAAACCCGCAAAGCUGAAAUGGGGGUGAUGGACAAUUUGUAUCAAGCAAAACAAUUUUGACCAUGCAGGUGAGAAGUUUGAUUGAGCUACUAAGAUUGGAAGGAAGGCAUGAACACAAACUUUGGGUGGCAUAAAUGUUCCAAAGAUUUGAGCUGAAAAAUCUCUAUUUUGCACAAGGAAAACAUCUGUUGAUGUGUUUCCUCAAACAGGCACUUUAUAGAACUGCUAUAUGGUUGUUUUUAAAUUGGGAUGCGUUCUUUUCUCUGCAUCCAAAAGAAAGCUUUCUUUUUUUGUAUUUUUUCUUCAGUGGUGCUUCCCGCUCCAGCCAUCUUAGAAGGUAUAUAAAUGAUUUAAUGGCUUUCAAAUUUUAGUUAAGGUUUCUUUUGUUAAAAGCAUAACAAUUAACAAAAUACACAUAGAGUUUGGUAUCUUUCAUUUUAGGACAUCAUUUGCUUCCUACCGUGAUUGUCAGGUAGACAAACUUUUGGUGACCAAAAGUUCUCCUGUUUGUUUUUAACCUGUCUUAUGUAUACAGAUCUGUAUUGAAUUCAAGGUGUGAUAUCUUGAAUGUUUUUAAAAGCAUAUUUGCAAAGUAAUGAAUGUAUUUUAAUCUAGCCUGCACAAUUUCAUAUGCAGUUUUCCUGUAUGCUUGGAAUCAGUCUGAAGGCCUGGAGAUGUGCUUGUGGAUUUUCUAUUCAUGGUUUUCUUGUGCUCCUGUUUCAAACUUGACAUGCAACACUCCUGAAGUGUGUGUGUUUAAAACAGAUGAGUGUACCCGAAAUGAGGGAGCUCAUCUGACAGUCCUGCUGUUCUGGGGAAAGAGAAAAGAUGAUUUUGCAGAGUUAGGUGGGCAUUAUUGGGACAGCUGUUGGUGGGGCUGUGCGAGAGAUUUAGCACAAUCUGAUAAUACAGGCUGUUCUGUGAGCUGAACUUCAGGGAUGGAAGUAUCUCCGGUUUGCCUUGGGUUCCUCAUCACCAUGCUCAGCUAGAAGUGAACUUGGUGUUACUCUGUAGCACCUUUCUUGUUCUAGAGAUCUCAGUGCACUGUUUAAAAUAAAACAAAAACUGUAUGUUCUUCAUCUUGCUACCAGCAAUUAAUAGUACUGUCACUCAGUUCUGCAUUAUUGAAUUUAAUAAUGCUUUGGUUAUAGCUCUGAUGUCGAUUCCUUGGAAUCUGGCCAGGAGUCAGUUUGUUUGCCCAGUUUUCCCACGAUACCCAGGAACGGUUGGAUGAUGUUAGCCACGCACUGCCCCUUUUGUUUCAAGGCAGUUGUCUUCACUCUUACCUUAGAAAUCCAUCCAAUAUCUGUACAAAGCUACCUGACAACAGCUAGCUGAAAUAAACCUUGCUUAUAUUGCAUGACUUCUUGAAAUAAACAGCACUGCAUGACAAAAAAUUAAUUAUGGGAGAGCUAUGUUCUUUUAAAACUAUAUACAAUAUGAGUUUAAGUGGGAGUCCUAAAACGUAGUAUUUAUUUUUCACUGCUAGAAUGUUAGUCUUUUAAAAAUGUCUUGCAUUUUUAUAAUGAUUUCAAAGAACUGGAGCUGUAUACCUCUGUGUUCUCUCUGCAUUAUUUAUUUGAACCCUUCGUUACUGACUUCAGAGAUUUUUGAGUGCGUUGAAAGAGCGAUGUCUGUUUCUAUUCAUUUUGGGAGUAUAGUUCAUUUGGAACACUGAAAUAAGAAUUUUUUUUCUGUUCUAUCAAAAACUCAGAAGAGAAUCAAAGUCUGGUAAAAGAAGAGUUUAAUGAACUGUGGAAACAUUUUGUGAUGAGAAUAUUUAAUGAUUACUACAAAAAUAAAUGCUUGGACUUUA